AUGUCAGAUGGAGAGGAAAGUAAUGCCAACCCUAACUUAAGUGAAGAAGUGGAUGACUUGUUUGGGGAUGAGGGUGAACCUGAAGAGCAAGUGAGAGAAGCGAAAUCUGAAGGAGUCGAAAUCGAAAGUGACGAAGAAGGAGAUCAGUCAGAAGAAGAGCUUAAAGAGAUAAGAAGCUCAGAUUUAUCUUUGCCACGUCAUGCAAUGGCAAAUGAGGUCGAAAGUGAUACUUAUGUUCUCAAGUUACCGGUUUUCUUGAAUAUUGAUGCACAUCCAUUCGAUGCCAAUGAAUUUAAGGAUAGAUUGACCCAAACUGCAGCAGAAAGGUCGCAAUCUUCUUUGACAUCUAAACAGAUUAAAGAUGAGUUAAUCGCAGAAAAAUUGAUGAAUGAAAAUACCAUCAGAUGGAGGUAUUCUAAUAGUGGAAAUGAUGAGAUCAUUAAACAGUCAAAUGCUCACUUUGUUCAAUGGGACGAUGGCACCAUUUCUCUUAAGAUUGGAAGUGAGUUCUUUGAUUAUAAGCAACAGCCCUUGUCUGAUCAGUACUUGGUAAGGUCACAUGAAAGCUUGGAGAUUUUGCAAUGUGACACAGCUAUAAACAAGUCAGUAAACUUGAUACCGGCAUCGACAUUUACUUCGACACAUAGAAAGUUGACUCAAGCAGUCAAGAGUAUUCAGAAGAAGGAUAAAAUUUUGAAUACAAUAACAAAAGAUGAUCCAUUGUUGAAACAAAGAUUGGCAGAUGAAAAUGAAAGGAAGUCACUUAAAUUAAAGAGACAAAUUGAGCUGAAGAGGAGAUUACAAGAAGAGCGUCUCGAACGGACAAAUAGUCCUGUUACAGGCGCAGGUGGAAAUGGCUAUGAUGAGACCACAUACGAAAGGUUUGCAAGAACUUAUGGUAAUGACGAGUAUGACGAGGAAGACGAUUUCAUAGCCAACGAUGAAGAGGAAGAGGAGGAAGUAGAAGAUGGCGAUGACCAGGAGGAACUUGAAAGUGAGAAUGAAGAAGAUGCAGAAAGAGGGGCUGAAAGAUUAAGGCAACUAAAGGAAGAAGGAGCUGCGAAGUACCACGAGGAUGCAUCACUGAAAGAAGUGGGAUCAGAUGAAGAAGCUUCUAGGCUAGCUAGGAAAAGAAGAAGAAUUGUGGAUUCGGACGAAGACGAAGAAUAA